AUGAGCUUCUGUGAUGACUGUCAAGAUAUAUACCUCCUCGCCCUCACAGCCGUCUCCUUCCAAACGCGCAAAUACAACAUCUCUCCAGACUCCAUCGGCCGGCUGGAAGUAGGCACUGAAUCCAUGCUCGACAAAUUCAAAUCCUGCAAGUCGGUCCGCAUGCAGCUUGCCGGAGCCAACAACAUUGAAGGAAUCGACACCUACACGUUCUUCAACACCGUCAACUGGAUUGAGUUCCCCAGCCUGGGAUGCGCGGGAGGCAAUUGCGGUUGA